AUGAUCCGCAUUUGUCUGUUUCUCCAGCGGCACCCACGACUUGCUCGCUCCCCACCCCAGAGCCCAUGCCAGCUGAAAGCGUCUGAAGUAACCGCCGCCUGGGGAGGAAUCCGGGGCGAGAGAGGCUCUUGUGCCGGUGCCAGGGGGAGGGGGGGGCCGCCGGGACAGCUGGCUGGAGGCGGGCGCUACUCGCAGGGCGCUCCGGCAGCUUUUCUGCUUCCCUCGUCCUGGCCGCUGCGUGCGCCCACGCCGGACCCAGCCUCUGCCGGAGGGCCCAUGGAGGCGCCGGGCGGAGGGCAAGAGCCAGCGGCGGGAGCCGGAUCGGAGCCGAGCGGUUCAGGGGAGAUCGACCUGUCCUUGGAUGACAUCAUCAAGCGUAACAAGAAAGGAGAGACCCAUUUGAAGGCAGCAAGGAACAGAUGGAGGCAGUGGUUCAAGAACAGAAAUCCAUCCUAUAAUAAUGGAAGACCUCGAUUUUGGAGCUGGGCACCACAAAGUGUUCCAGGAACCUAUGGAUUUCGAGGAGCCUUUAGAAAACAGCAGUAUUACAGAAAACAGUUUUGGAAUGGCAUAACUGGUCCCAGGCGAAGAAUGGCCCCCAGGCCAAAUGGCACAAGUCCCUUAAAUCGGCCAGCAUCAUCUGAACAGCAGGACAAGCAGGAUGAAACGAUGUUGGAAGGAAAUCGUGGUGGAGGGACAGCCACUAUGCAGCAGGGGCAGCCCACAUGGGUCAAGCAGUUCAGACGUCCAAAUUCUUUCCCACCUGUACAAAGGCCUUUCCGACUAAAUCGAAGACCAGCUUUUAUGCAGAGGCAAUCAAGAUUCAACUUCAGCAGAGGGCAAAAAGUGUCAAGUUCAGACAGGAAACAGCCACGGACGAGAAGGUGGCAGGUUCAACCCAGCUCCGGAGCUGUCCUGACCAUCUCUGUGUCUAACCUCCAAACUAGUCAAAUGAAAAUGCCAGGAGCCAAACACCCAUUCUUGAGAGGGAGGAGCACCCCAACAAAGAUGAGCUAUCCCAAACCCAAAGGGGUGCCUUUGAGAUUCAACUUCCGUGCCAUGGCGAACCAGACAACCUUGACACUGAACGAACGGUUCUCUGGCCUGAGGCACAAGCGUUAUUUUACAGCACUAAGAAACGCAAACCGAAUGGUCACUCUGCCGUAACUUUGCUCCCUUGGUGGAUUCAGACCAGCUUGGGAAAAGGGGUCAGUGACUGAACCUACUGAUUUUCUGCCACUUCCUUAUUGAUGGUUUGGGAUCACCUUGACAGAGUUAUGGACCCAUCUAACCUAACACAAAUGAGAUUUCUGCACAGCUGCCACCCACAGACCAGAAGCAGAGCCUUCUUCCAGGCCUCCACUAUGGACUUCCAGAUCAUGCAACCCUUCUGUUUUUGGCUUGGGGCAGUUUGGUUUGAGGCCUAUGAGGGAGCCAGUUUCACACCUGAUCUUGUUAGGCUGUUGUGAGAGAGUCACAAGGGAAGGAGCAGGCCCUCUGUCUUCAGGUACUCUUAGGGGCACGAGUGAACACAAUCUCAUUCAUGGUACCUUUGCAGCUCCAAACCUUUGGCUUCAAGAGCCACUUGCUAUUGGUUCCCUCUGUGCAUUGGGAUCAAAAGGCAACAAAGCUCAGAUGUGUGUAUGGGGGGGGGGAAAUGUUGUGUGUGAGUGUGCUGUCUAAGGAAUGUGGGUGGAUUUUUGGUGGGUUUUGGAGAGGGUGGCUUAGAAAGCACUUCUACAGAUUGGUUUGAGCAUUGGUUGUGAUGAGCUACUAAUGCACCUAAUAAAACCAUUAUAGAUGCUUCA